UGCCGAGGGUGCUUUAGUAGCAGUAACCUAGAUGCUUGUUUACUAGUAGUAAUAGUAGCUAGCCUGCUAGCUGGGCUAGCAAGCUGCAUGGCGCAGUUUGUUGUCAUUUGAUUUAUAUUGUAUGUUGGUUGCAACAUUGUCUUCUAAAAAUAAGUAGGCCACGCCACGGUCUAAAGGCAGCCGGCAAAGAGUAGCCAAUGUUCGGAAUAACCUUUGAAUGAGCAUGCUGUUAGCUACAGCAUGCCACUUCUCUGAUCAUUCGUAACGUUACAUUUACCUACUUUUGAGGGUAAAGUAAAGACGCAUGCUUAAGCUGCUUUGUGUUGUAAUGUGUGCUUUCCUAAUGUAGAACUGUAACAACGUCUUCACAGUUCAACAUUGACCGAAGCUAGUAGCCAGCAGCAUGAAGGCCCUUUUGGGUUAGCUAACCUUCCUGCAGCUGGAGUGGAGAAUGGACUAGCUCGAUUUGUAAACAACAAGCCUUAAUGUCCUAAUCUGGGAGAUUUUACGUUUGAAUCAAGAUGCCAUUAAAAUUUCCUCAACGGUUGCUGAAGAGCUCUCAAUAUAUGGAGCUGGGCUCCGGGAGCUACCAAUAUUGGCCGAUCCUGCUGCCUCGCGGCAUCCGUCUGUACAACAUCGAGCAGGUCCCUCAGUUCCUGAAGGAAAAUCCCUACAUCACUGACGGAUACAGAGCUCACCUGCCAUCCAAGCUCUGUUUAAAAAGUAUUUUCAUCCUGUCCAAUGAGACUGUGAAUAUCUGGAGCCACCUGCUGGGUUUCAUGCUCUUUUUCUCUCUGGCGGUCAACGACUUGUCAACUGUGCUUCCUGCUUCUGGGGCCAACUGGGAGGACUAUGUCAUCUACACCAUAGGCCUCUUCUGCUUUCAGAUGUGUAUGCUGUGUUCCGUGGGCUACCACCUGUUCUCCUGCCACCGGUCGGAGCAGAUGUGCCGGCGCUGGCUGGCGCUGGACUAUGCAGGCAUCUCCGUGGGCAUCCUGGGCUGCUACGUGCCCGGGGUCUUUUAUGCCUUCUACUGCAACGGGUUCUGGAGGCUGGUGUACCUGGUGACGGUUCUGGUGCUGAUUCUGGCAGUGUUCAGUGUCCAGAUCCACCCCCACUACCUCUCCAGGGAGUGGCACCGCCUGCGAUCCGGCAUCUUCUGUUCCGUGGCGGGCUACGGCGUCUUCCCCGCCCUUCACUGGGUCUGGCUCAACGGAGGCCUCAGCACUGCCGUGGUCCAGCUGUUCCUGCCUCGUGUCAUGAUCAUGUACCUCAUCGCUGGCUCAGCCUUCAUCUUCUACAUCACCAAGGUUCCUGAGCGCUACUUCCCAGGUCAGCUGAACUACCUUGGUGCCAGUCACCAGGUGUGGCACGUGCUAGUGGUGCUCAUGUUCUACUGGUGGCACCAGACGGCCAUCAACAUCAUGCACUUCAGACUCAACCAGCCCUGCCAAGACUACUCCAGCAGGGAAUAGCUGCUAGCUAGCAGAGGUUAGCAGAUUUGUCGUGUCCACACCAAUUUUGGGCUAGCUGGCAGAGGUUAGCAUUAAAUAGCUAUCUUUACCCAGCUUGCUGGGUAGCAGCUAACUGCUAGCAGCUAGCUAGCUCAGGCUUGGACCAGGACACCCUCAACUUUACAGCACUUCCAACUAAAGUAAUGGCAGAACCAAAGGCCUUGCUAUUGGACCGGAGCAAGUGUGCUGUUCUGUCUGUAGAAACAUAAGCACCCUUGACAUUUACAAGUACACACAACCUUACUCUCUGAACACCAGAUUAUUUUAUUCCUAUUCUGAGAAUUCUGUUCAUAUUCUCAGAUUAUUCUCUUCGUAAUCAAGCACUUAGUGUGACCUGCGUCUGUUUUGCAUGAGGUCUGCAGUUUGAAUGUUUGUGAAAUGCUGUGAAAACAAUGUAUCUCUGCUGCCUUUUGCACAUUUGACCCCGCAAGGUUAUGUGCAAUAUAUCGUCUUGGAAUUGAAAAAAAGAAGAAAAAAAGCCUGUCUGAUCAAAUAUUUUAUGGCUGAGUAUUUUUACCAGGUUACAAUCUACAAUACUUGAAAUGUAUAUUUUGUGAAUAGUUGGUUCUGUUUCCGGGGUAUCUUUUGGGGUAUUAUUGUGUUAUUAUUGAUGAGGAGGUACCUUCCAUAUUUAGUAGUCAGCUGACUUCCUCAGCACAUGAGUGUUGAUUCAGGGCACAUAUUUUUGUUAUUAUGAACAAAAUGGUAUUUAUGACUUGCCUUAAUCUUCUAGGUGAUUGACAAUGUGCUCUGCUGGCCCUCCUUGGGUAAACAAACUACUUGAUCGAUACAAACCUCAAAAGCAUGAUGUCGUCAUAUCACACAUGCCUGCCAGUAGCUACAAUAUAUUGUAUGAUGCGUUUGAUUUGAUACUGUCCCACUGUCUGUGUCAUCAGGCCAGACAGGGACAAUGACUGGGAGUUUCUCCCAGACAAUAAGAACCAUAUUACUUCCUGUCAAAAUAUGAAACAAACUGUACCUUAAAGCUAUGGGGAUUUAUUUAUAUUUAAAUGAACUGAGCUCAUCAUUUUUAUUUUCCUUAUGGCCUUCUGUUAUUAUUUGUUAGUAUUACUGUGGUAUUUUUAUUGGUCUUGGUUGCCUGUUUUGAGUUUGGUUGCAUUUUAUUCUUUGUUUUAUUGUAUUCGCAUGACGGUUUGUAUAUGAAUGCUGACACUUAUGACUAAGGGGCAUAGAAUUAUUUCAAUGUAUCUGUAAAGUAUCAUCUGUUGAAAUAUUCUCAAUGAUUAAAGAAUGCCUAAAUGACA